GAGAGAAUUGGGUUUUUGAGAAGGGCGGUGAAACCGAGCAUACGUCACACGUGUGCGUUGUCACCGAAGUUGGUUUUCCCCGAAUUUCGACGAGAAUUCUUCAGUCAAGAUACGCACCUGAUUCUGGAGUAAAGCUUCUCCACUCAGCUUCAAAAUGCUCGGUGGCGAUGGAUCGGAAGCUCCUAGUCGGAAUGAGCUUCUGAGCAUGGUGAGGAAGCAUUCAAAGUUUUUAGAUAAAGCUGCACAGGACGAAGAUGAUACAGCGGAUGAGGUGGAUGUGGACUCUAGAUUCUGGCAUGAUAUUAUUGAUUUGUAUUUUGUUCGCUACAGAGGGUCAAGGGGGCGAGAGGAUGAUGAUCUCGUAUUCUUUGUUAGAAAAUCGAGUUUGCAAGCACCAAAACCCAGUGAUAAUGUGGAAACCAGCUCUCCCUACUUUGUACGCAGGUGGGCACCUAAGCUGGAUGAAUUAGUUGGUGAAAUUUCAACAAGUAUAGAUUGGAGACGCUCUUUCUAUCUGAAUCUGAUUGCUCAUACUGCUUUCAGUGUGACUGUAGCAAUUUGCAGUCAUCAAGUCCUUCAACAAUAUCAGACAAGUCGAGGCAAGACCUUGUCUCCAAUCUACAAGGUUGUGAAGACUGUAUAUGCAUCUCCAAGCCGUAUUAAUUUUCAUUUGGAUUCCAGAAAGGAAGUAGAAACGAUACCUGCGUAUCCUGAUAUCUGUUUUGCAGUGGAUGACUUUGACUCCACUUUUGAUGCAGUGGUAUUGACUGAUACAGACCACUGUUAUUGCGUCCUGUUAAAUGCUCAUGAUGGGGCUGCUUUUCCAAAUGAGAAAAAAAGAGAUCAAGGUUCUGGUUCAGACAUUUCUUCCUCUUCCGAGGAUGUUACAACUUCUGGAAAGACGAGGAGCUCCAAGAUUACCCUUUUUUCUGGGUUUGUCAGUUACCAAAUGGUUCGAGAUGCUUAUGAUGCUGGCAGGACUGGUUUUGGAAGCCUUCUAUCUCUGGGUCAUUCUUCUGGCAAAAUUGAUAAAAUUUACAUGAAAGGUCCUGGGGGUCGCGGUGAAGUUGAAGUUGCUGUCUCUGGUGUUCUUGAUCAAAGCAAAAUAGACAGUCCCCAUUCACCUAAAAAAGGACUUGAUAUCGGAAGUUUCAUGCGCACUGCAGCCUCUGUGGCAUCAACUGCAGCAAAGCAAGCUUACGCUGCUGCAGCCUCUUCCCAUCGACACGCAGAGGAUGAGAUGCUGCCCCUGAAGUGCUGCUUGAUGUCCAUAUCCCUCCCGUGGGAGACCAUUGCCCAUGAUCUUUUAUUAAAGGGAACUCCCCCUGUGAGCCUGUAACAACCACCGAGUCCUCUUCUUCUUGCAGAACUUUUGGCGCCAGGCGGUCGGGAAGUUUAUUUUGCCUACCAGCUAUGAAAAUGCACAUGUUCGAGGUGUCUGAAAUGUUUUGCUGAUGUUGGAAAUGAAAAAGGUUGAGUUGUAAAUUAGGAUGCAUGUUGAUUCAUUAGUGUAUCUUAGCGAGGGAGGAGCACUCUUAGCUUCUGUUCAGGAUAUAAUAACCGGUUCUUCAUUGAAAUUUAUUUCUUGUUUGCUUCA